UUCCCCUCUCUCCACUCUCCCAUAAAUUCACUGUUGGCAAAUGCAAAGUCUCCAAGAAAUUCCCCUUUCUCUUUCCCUUUUCCCUUCUCUAUACAAAUCUGGAUGUCCCUAUACCUCGUGACUCUUCAAAGGCCUAGCAUGCAACAAGUCUCUUAACUCUCUACCAUGUACUAUUUCUAUCCAUGUUCCCUUUGAUUCUAGCACUCUUAAAGAACCUCCACACUCAUAUACACACAAGUAUUUUUUUCCAGGCUACUAGUGCAAAAAGGGUAGGUAAAAAGGCUAUAUAAGAAGAGAUAUAUAUGCUGAAGACCAAAUAUGAAAGAGCAACGAAAGGGUUUCUUCUCUGAUUGAUUUCUCUUUUGGUUGACCAAUUUUGAUAUCAAGCUUCCAGUCAGUGAUUCUGCAAUCACCUUCACGUAGUUUCUCCCACCAUGUCUUCUUCCAACAGACAUUGGCCAAGCAUGUUCAAAUCCAAGCCUUGCAAUAAUCCCCACAACCAAUGGCAUCAUGACAUCAACUCCUCUAUAGUUUCCACCGGUUGCCAAAGAAGCCCUUAUGCUAAUUCAGGAGGUGACGAGAGAACCCCAGAACCAAAGCCAAGAUGGAACCCAAAACCGGAGCAAAUCCGCAUCCUGGAAGCCAUCUUCAACUCAGGGAUGGUGAAUCCCCCAAGGGAUGAGAUAAGGAAGAUCCGGGUGCAGUUGCAAGAGUAUGGCCAAGUGGGUGAUGCCAAUGUCUUCUACUGGUUCCAGAACCGCAAAUCCAGGAGCAAGCACAAGCUUCGUCACUUCCAAAACACAAAGAACCAAAAUAAUGCAGAAGCACAACAACAGCACAGGGUUGAUGCUUCUUCUUCUCUCUCUCAGACCACACCACUUUCAUCCUCAUCCUCUUCAUCUGACAAAUCAUCUUCAAAGGAAUUAGCAUACAACCCCAAUGGAUUCUCCUUUGGCUUUUCAAAUGUCAAUGAUGUAGCAGUGCCUAAUUCUCCCACUGCUUCUGUGAAUCAGACUUAUUUUCACCCUCACAACCACAGUGACAACAAUUUGCUACCACAAGAGCCUUUCUCCUUUACCAUGCACAACAACAAUGGGCAAGGUUUUGUUGAUAAUAAUACCAUAACAACGCUUGGGUUUUCUGUCCCUCAAUUCUCCAGCAACAUGAUGCAAUCUCAACUUCAGUGUCAACAAAAUGUUGGAUCUUGCACUAGUCUUUUGCUGAGUGAGAUCAUGAGUCAUGGAACCUUCUCAAAGAAAGAUCAAGACAAGGCAUUGAAGAUAAUGCAUCCACAACUUAGUAAUUUCCCUCUUACUUCAACUCCAACCACAAUCAUUGCUCCUCCAAUCUCAACCGUUCUGGAUCCAAGCCCCAUCACUCAACUUGAAGGUGUUGGUGAGGUUGCAGCAGGAGAUAGGGCAAAAUGUAUUACAGUGUUCAUUAACGAUGUUGUAUUUGAGAUUGUGAUGGGACCCUUCAACGUGCGCCAAGCCUUUGGAGAUGAAGCUGUGCUUAUCCACUCUUCUGGUAACCCUGUUCCCACCGAUGAGUGGGGCAUCACUCUCCACCCACUGCACCAUGGUGCUUGUUACUAUCUGGUUUAAAGAAGUGAAGCCUGGAGGAGGACAAAGGAUAUAUAUAUAUAUAGAGUAUGUAGGGUUUUCUAUAUUUUCGUUCGGUCUCUUCUGUCUGUAUAUGGGUAUUGCUACAGGAUUUUGAAAAUGGUUAAAGUCACAAUCAUGAUUGGUUGAGUGUAAGUCUGAAAAUAUGAAAAUCAUGAUUCCAUGGUUGAAUAGCUAGCACAUAUGUAUCUUCAUUUUAUGGAUAAAUAAUUUUGAACAAUA